AUGGAUGAACGGCCUUCACCGGACCCAGAUCCACGAGACGUUACAAAUGAUCCUAGCAGAUCAACGAGAUCAGCUGAACCGGAUGACCAGAGCCAAGGCAGCGCGUCAUCUGCGCAUAAAUACCGAAGGUUGGAUCGAGAUGGUGCCAGAGCUUCACCUGCGCCGGAGCAAGCCAAUCGAUUCUUGUUCGUCGACUCGUCCUCCGCCAGCCAAAGGCCACGUUCUGACCAACGUGCGAUAAACGCACAUAUCCAGCAGAAUGCGUACAGAAAUCGACGUCAGGCUGCUCAGAAGCAGAGUGACACCGGCGCCGCCAAUGUUGGCAGACAUCGACGAGAACCGCAGCUGCAACCACGGCCUAUUGAACCUCACCCGUCAAUUGAGCCACAGCAAGCUGCCGCGACAUCGAUUCGACCCACAACGACCCCGGAGCGUACAAUUGCAUCCAGAAUAUCCAACUUGUCUCCCGGGCUAUCGAGAGCCAUGAAUAUCGAGGAUCAAGUGCAUAGGCUAAGGCACUACAGCAAUAUUCGAGGACCCGAAGUCCGCCAAGCAGUCGAGGCCCAGCGUGAAGAUGAACGACGAGCAAGUGGUGACAGCCGGCGAAGUGCCACACCAGACGAAGAUCGUGCUUUGGUGGAAAGCGCUUCGGUGAGAUCAAUGCUCACGCAGAUCCUUCAACGGCUUGAUGCUGGAAAUGUUGGGCAAGCCCUCCGUGGAUCACCAGUCUCAGCUUUGAGGAAUACUGUUCUCGACCCGUUUAAUCCCAGUUCAGUGACCAUCACGCCGGCUAUGAAUGCUGUGCUACGCCAUUUUUCCGAGGUCAUGAUACCCAGUGUUUUUCCGACCCGUCAGCAAGCAGAGAUUCAGACACGAUGGGCCUUUGAAAAGGCGUCUCAAGAGCCGCUUGUUCUGUACUCUCUUUUGGCAGUUUCCUCUGCAGAACGCAGUGCUCGAUUGGGUCAAUUAAGGAGCGGAUCGCAAGAGACGAUUUUCACCGAAGAAGACCUUCAGAAUCGACAAGUCCCGGAUUUUGUAUCUUACAAAGUGAACGCCGUCAAGCUCGCCAAUGAGAUUAUGAGGUCGAUGGAAACAGCAGCCAAGGCUUCCACAAUAUUUGCUAUGAUGUGCUUGCUAUCGAUUGAAGUCAUCACGGGCAAUCAGAAAGAGAUAUUUGCCCAUGUCAGCGGCCUUCAGAAACUGAUUGCCUGGCGCGGCGGAUACCAGGGGAUCCCUCCUCAUGCCACCGAGCUCAUCCUAUCCUCCUCGUAUAUGUGCGCCGCAAUGACGAGGUCCCUCCCUACCGCCCCACCAACGUCUUCCUUGGCCGGUUUACCGCCCAGCCUUGUCGAAGAAAUACGACAAAAUCUAAAAGAGGAUACAAGACAGAUGGGUACAGGCAUUCUGACGCAAGAUGCCGACAAUAUCAUGGAUUGGAGAAUAUCGCAGGCUUUCAGGGAUAUGACCGACGUCGUUCAGUAUCGCGAGUACCACCACGAGAAACAACUGGAGCCUAGGGAAGAUGAACUCGACUAUAUCAACGCCAAAAGCUACCAAUUUCGGUAUGCAGCACUAUCCGCCCCCUUUGAGCCCCGAGCGCCUGCUAGCGACAAGGAGGAAGCAUGUCGAUUAUCCCUAUUGAUUUUCUGGUUCACAAACUAUCAGAUGUCACAACCUGAUUCGGCUUUGAACCGGACGUUGACUGCGCAGCUCAAGGCUGCUCUACAGGCUUCAGACAUGAAGGGACUCUGGGGCCCAUAUCAUGAGCUCCUUGCCUGGGUACUGUUGCUGGGCGCAUUCAUCUCUGCUGGACAAAGAGAACGGCCGUGGUUCGUGCUGAACCUGGCAAAGGUCACAAGGGUCCUUCGACUGCAAGACUGGGCUGAUGUUCGAGCUGUGCUGCUAAAGUAUUUCUAUCUCGACCGCAUCUAUGCAAAGGGGAUGGAGGCCAGCUGGGAAGAGGCAUCGUUGUUGGCAGAAACGUUGGAAUGA